UCGGUCGCCGCCAACGUCGCACGCGCCGCCCGGGUCGAUAGCGCCUCUGACCGGGCUCGGAGAGUGCGUGUGCGCGCGGGGUGUGUUCUUGCCUGGAGUGCAGGCCGCCGGCGCAGCGGGGGGCUGGCUGCGAGGGGCCAUGUCCGAGAGCGAGGAGGACAGCUCCGCGGCGUCCUCGGACGAGUGGCCCGUGACGGCCGACUGGCUGGAGGCAGUGCUGGCCGCGCACCACCGCCGGCCGGCCGCGGUCGCCGACUUCAGCGUGCGGCCCGGCUGCGACGCGGGCGAGAGCGUGCUCAGCGACAUCCUGGCCGUGCAGGUGGCCUACCGCCUCGACGGCGACCACGGCGACGAGCCGCGCCGCCUCAGCCUCAUCGUCAAGCUGCUGCCGCACGACCCCUUCAGCCGCUACUUCGUCACCGAGGCGCAGUUCGACCUGCGCGAGAUCAAGUUCUACACGCAGGUGGUGCCCGAGCUGGACGAGCUGCAGCGCCGCCUGCUGGCGCCGGGCGCCGCGCCGCUGCAGCUGCCCAUCCCGCGCUGCUACCACGCGCGCUACGCCGCGCCCGGCGCCGACAGCCCGCGCGCCAGCCCCGUCGCGCUCUGCGAGUCCGUGCUCGUGCUCGAGAACCUCAAGGCGCUGGGCUACCAGAGCGCGGACUUCUCCAGAGGCCUGAGCCUGCGGCAGGCGGCGGCGGCGCUGGACUCGGUGGCCAGGCUGCACGCCCUCUCCCUCGCCCUCAAGGUGAAGGAGGGCCGGCCUCUGGACGAGCGCUACCCCUUCCUGUUCCAGACGUCCAAGGCCACGGACUCGUACCAGCAGCUGGUGGAGCGCGGCCUGCCGCAGCUCGCCAGGUUCCUGGAGAAGCGCGCCGGCAUGGAGCCCGUGCUGGAGGCCCUGGCCGCGCUGCGCCCCGCCACCAAGGAGCUGAUAGCCUCGCUGCUGGCGCCGCGCGAGCCCAUGGCGCUCAUCACGCACACAGACUUCUGGUGCAACAACCUGCUGUUCCGCGACGGCGAGGACGGGCGGUGCGCGUGCGCCGUGCUCGACUGGCAGAUGGUCACGUACAGCGGGCCCACCAACGACGUGGCGCUGCUGCUCGUCAGCUCGCUGCCCACGGAGCUGCGGCGGGGCCGCACCCGGGACCUGCUGGACGGCUACUGGGCCGCGCUGCUGGCCGCCGCCUCGGCGCUGGGAGUCGACGUGCAGGGCGCGCUGGGCUACGGCCGCGACGACCUGGCGCGCGACUACCGCCGCUCCCAGCUGCUCGCGCUGCUGCUGUGCGUCGGCUCCGUCGACGUGGCGCUGGGAGACGCCCUCACGGAGCAGCGCCUGCUCGACGUGCUGGCGGACCUGCACGGCGAGGGCGUGCUGUCGCCGGACCUGCUGUCCGCCUAGCUCCUCUCGGGACAGUCCUGCCGGCGGCGGCCGACGAGGAGACACGGACUGUAUGCCGGUGCAGCGAGCCGCUGGAGCUUGCAGAGCCUAACGUGGUGUGAUUCAUUGAAAAAGACGGAGUUUCACCUGUUGCCGGAGUGUUUUGACGCAUAUUGGGCUUCAUGCAAUUUUAUUUUUUUCUGCAAAUAAAUACUGUAGUGGAA